GAGAGUGCAGGAGAGCAGUGGACCCGGGUCUCCUCAGGUGCGGGUCAGUCAUGUCCGGGUGCUCAGAGAAAGUGCCGAUCGCCGCGGCGGGACCAGAGGACCUGCAGCACUUCAUGCCUCCGGCCUACUCCGCCGUGGCGGGGAAACCCUCCGCCAGCGGCCGCCUGCUGAGGGCCGGGGGGGCCGUGCUGGUGGCCGGGGCCCUGCUGCUGCUGCUGGGGGCCGCGGGGGCCUUCUACUUCUGGAACAACAACGAGAAGCACGUCUACAACGUCCACUACAGCAUGAGCAUCAACGGUAAGGUGGAGGAGGGCUCCAUGGAGAUCGACCCGGCCAACAACAUGGAGCGCUUCAGCACCAGCAGCGGGGCGGACGAGGCCGUGGAGGUGCACGACUUCCAGAUCGGAAUCACGGGGAUCCGCUUCUCCGGAGGAGAGAAGUGCUACAUCAAGACCCAGGUGAAGGCCCGUCUGCCUGACGUGCAGACGCUGAACAAGGACUCCAUGACCUUCGAUCUGGACGAUGAAGUGAUGCCGGCCAAGUUCGAGGACGACCUGAUCUGGGUGGCGGCGGACGCGCCGCUGUCCAACCCCGCCUUCCUCAGCAGCAAGAUCAAGGAGCUGUGUGGAGACCUGCCCAUCUUCUGGCUCCGGCCCACCUACUCCACCGGCGGACAGAGGAAGAGGAGGGCCGCCCCCCCCCCGCCCCGGGGGCGCCGGCAGGCCCCCGGGGAGGAGGACUACGAGGACGUGGAGGCAGAGUUCAACCCAGAGAACCCCUACCAGCGAGGUCUGGAGGGCGAGCAGGGCACCAUGGACAUAGACCCCAUGCUGGACCACCAGGGCAUCUGCUGCAGGGACUGCCGGCGCAGCUACCCCCACUGCCAGAGGGUGUGUGAGCCGCUGGGGGGGUACCAGCCCUGGCCCUACCACUACCAGAACUGCAGGGUGGUCUGCAGGGUCAUCAUGCCCUGCAACUGGUGGGUGGCCCGCAUCCUGGGCCUGGUGUAGGGCGGGGGGGACGGGGGGGCGGCAGCAUCUGAACUCGUGUGCCUGACGCUGGCGGCUGAUUUAGAUCCAACUAGAACAACAGCACGCUUUCAACAAAAUAUAGACGGGUGAAGACGAGCUCCAAACACGGCUGGAUUUAGGAAGCUGAACUAGUUUCCCUGAGCAUACAGACGAGUGCAGGUGAUGCUGUAUUCACAUGUACAUAAAUACAUUGAGAGGUUCAAUAACUGACCUAAAUAGCUCGGUGCUGCUGCGGAGGAACAUUCCUGUUUCAGCCGUCUCUCCUGUGAUUGGCUCGUCACCAGCAGUUCUCAUUAAAACCAUGUACCGUUCACUUCCUCUCUCAAGCUGUUAUUUCUUUCCUGCAUUAAAGACAUGUGGAAGUGCAAUAUCACUGAAUAAAGUUGUUUUUGUGUUGUUUUUUUAAAGUCAA